AUGUACUUCACCACAGUGCAACCCGCCCAGCAACUGCAAGUCCUCAAGUUCCCCAGCUACAUCAGAAUAGGCUAUAUACAAAGCUGGAUUUCAAUCAAAGUUCAUAAACUAUUACUGCCCAUUAAGUUAACAAGAAGUACAGCAAAAUCUGAUGGAAUCGGCUGCGGUCGUGCACUGCUGAUCCUCCUCUUGUCUGCAACGGUCUCUCUCCUGGGUGGGCUGAUAUUUGGAUACGAGCUGGGGAUUAUCUCCGGUGCACUGCUGCAGUUGCAGAUUGACUUUCACCUCAGCUGCUUCAAGCAGGAAGUUCUCGUGAGCGCCCUCCUUAUCGGAGCUCUCCUCGCCUCUCUGGUUGGGGGGAUCCUCAUUGACCACCAUGGACGGAGGAGAGCAAUCCUGGUCAGCAGCUUGGUCCUGUUGGUGGGCAGCCUUAUUCUCACACUGGCGAGGUCAUUUAUUGGGCUGGUCAUUGGGCGCAUGACCGUGGGCUUUGCCGUCUCUGUCUCAUCCAUGGCCUGCUGCAUCUAUGUCUCAGAAAUGGUGGCUGCUCAUCAGCGAGGACUGCUGGUGUCUCUCUACGAAGCGGGCAUCACCGUAGGCAUCCUGCUGUCCUAUGCGCUGAAUUACAUCUUUGCGGAUGUGGAUGAGGGAUGGAGGUACAUGUUUGGACUGGCCAUUGCCCCAACGGCCAUGCAGUUCCUCAGCAUCCUCUUUCUCCCAGUGAACCCUGUUAAAUUAAGCUCGUGGGACUCAGACUGCCAGAAGGGCCUCAUUCAAUUGCAGAACACUGAGGACAGAGAGACAGCAAAGCGGGAGCCCUAUAAGGAGAAGCAUUACUCAUUUCUUGACCUUUUCAGGACCAGAGACAACAUGAGAAGGCGGACUCUGGUGGGCCUGGGACUGGUGCUCUUCCAGCAGUUUACUGGGCAGCCCAAUGUGCUGGGCUACGCUUCCAAAAUCUUCCACUCGGUGGGGUUCCAGAGCAACUCCUCGGCGAUCCUAGCCUCUGUCGGGUUGGGGGCGAUAAAGGUGGUGGCCACGCUCAUCGCGAUGGCCUUUGCAGACAAGGCUGGCAGGAGAGUGCUACUCAUGGCUGGCUGUGUGGUGAUGGCCAUCUCUGUCACCACCAUUGGCCUCACCAGCUGCAUCGCUCCGCUGGCCAUGGCCAGGGAUUGCAAAGCAGCGGCAGACCCCAAUGCAUCCCACAGCCUCACCCAGCACCCCCUGAUGCCCGUAUCCUCCCAGCCUGCUGUGUCACCCAUCCUGCCAGCAUUAGGUGCUGGCAAAAGUCAGGCAGGUCCUGGGUUUGCUGCCACAAGGAGCCUUGCAAAAGCUUUUGCCAGUACUCAAAGCAAAGAGGUUGUUCCCGAUUCUUCCCUCACUCAGAAAAGGGUCAUGAUAGGUCAGGCCAAAGAAGAGACAGUGGGAAGCACUGGCCCUCCUUUCGGUGGUGCUCCCUGGGCAGAACAUACGGUCUUAAAUUGGAUUACGCUGCUGAGCAUGAUGGCUUUCGUGAGCGCCUUUUCAAUUGGAUUUGGACCAAUGACCUGGCUGGUCCUCAGUGAGAUCUACCCCGCUGGGAUAAGAGGAAGAGCCUUUGCCUUCUGUAACAGCUUUAACUGGGCUGCCAAUUUACUGAUCAGCCUCUCCUUCCUGGAUCUUAUUGAUGCCAUCGGUUUCUCCUGGAUGUUUCUUCUCUAUGGACUGAUGGGAGUGAUGGCUGUUAUAUUCAUUUACCUUUUUGUUCCGGAAACGAAAGGACAGUCCUUAGAGGAGAUAGACCAGCAGUUCUCCAGGAAACGGGUGUGGGAAGGAAAUGUGUUUAAGCAGAGACGUGGAAGAGGAGCGAGCUGCGCACACGCCCAGUACCAGAGAGUGGAGCAUGCCAGCAGCACAUGAAACCAAUGACAUGCCCGCAGCAUCGCCCUGAGGAGAGGCGCAGGCUGUGCCAUCAGGACAGUUCUUUUCCAUGGCCUUUAACUGGUGACCUCUGCUCAGAGACGGUUCUCACUGCCUUAGAUCUUGGGACAUGCUAAUAGCUGUCCUUUGGGUCCUUGGAGGAUCGUAGGUCCCAGGCAGGGAUCAUGUCCUUCCUUUGAUCUCUUUUAUUUUUCAUGGUUUGUAUCUCCUAUCUUUAAGAGAUUAAUGGUUUUGUAUGCAGGAAUUAAAGCACCACUUUU